CCUUGUGAAGCUUCGCGAAUCUUGGGGAUCUAUGGAGAACAUUGUACUGGGCAGUUAGCCAAAAUUUUGGCAAGUUAACGAAUACAGCCUAAGAAUACAAUACCUCCAUGAAGACGUUGUUUAAAAAUUUCAGAAUACCCAAUAGUUUCAACAUUUAGAACUGUCAUCUAAAAUCGGCAUAAAAAUCUUCAAGGCGAACCCAAUCGCUCGGUACUCAGAACCUUGUCUCAGACAACGUAAAACGACGUAAUCUACCAAACUUCAGCAACCUCCCUUGCUUGUUUAUUCUCAGCUCUCCCCGCGGCCUAAGAGAAAAAAGCACAAGCAAAAAUACAACCCGAAUCAUUUCGAAACAUCACUUAUUUCCACGAGAGAAAUACCCGACCAAGGGUAGAAAAGAAAUCGCCAAAAAAAACAAAAAUGGCAAGUGAAAAAGGCCUAAACGAGCUGCUAAAAUGGAGCAUCGAAAACUCCGCAGCGCCCGACCCCUCGGCCCCCGAAUCCACCGCGCCCCGGUCAACCCUGAGCGCGGACGCCCUCGCCGCAAUCAUGGGCGGCCCGUCCGACGCCGAGCUGAUGCAGGCGGCCGUCGAGCACAUCACAUCGAGCGACCCCGAAAUCACGCUCGAGUCCAAGCUGACGGCCUUCGACAACCUAGAGCAGCUAGUCGAGUCGCUCGACAACGCCAACCUCUUGUCUAAACUAGGGCUGUGGACGCCGCUGCUCGAGCUGCUGGCCCACGAGGAGGACCAGCUUAGGCUCAUGGCGGCGUGGUGCGUCGGCACUGCGGUCCAGAAUAAUGCGCCGAGCCAGGAACGCCUGGUGGCGCUGGGUGGGGUGGAGAAGCUUGUGGCGAUGGCGCUGGGGGACCGGUUGCCGGUGGAGAAGCGCGCGGGUGCUGGGGAGGAGACUACUACGACGACGACGACGGAGGAGGAGGGUGCUGCUGCUGCCGGUCAGGAAGAAUCGAAGGAUGUGCGCCGCAAGGCAGUCUAUGCGCUCAGCUCCGCCGUGAGAAAUUACCAACCCGCUUUAGACGUUGCCGCCAAGGAGCUGCGGAAGAGGGGUGAGGAUGUACAAGAGGGUAUUGACGCAACGGAUAUGGAUGCGGUGAACGGACUGAUUAAUGGAUUGAAGCAGAAGGCUUUGAUUGCAUAAGGCUCGAUGGUUAUGGGGUAUGGGACAAUGGCAUCAUCGGCGUUGGUGGGCACAUCUGGGUCAGUCAAAAAAAGGGGGAUCUACGUGGUCAUGAUAACACUUAGAGAUAGUCACGGGUUUCUGCAAUCGUAAAGCUCCAAGCAAUAUUACGCA